AAGAGAGGUCCUUCCGGCCGCUGGCGGGCCCCGGUGCUCCCGCCUGGCGCCCGCCCCGGGGAGGAACUUGCCGCCACGCCUCCGUGCUCUGCGGCCGCAUCUCCGAGUGGCGGGAGGACCGGCCGCCCUCGGCUCCCGCCGCCCCGCCGCCUCCUUCCGCGCCGCGCCGCCCGCGCCAUGAGCGCGCGCCUGCCGCUCCUCCUGCGCCAGCUCCGCCGCCCGCCGCCGCCCGCCGGCCCCCCGAGCCGCCUCCGGGUGCCCCGGCGCGCCAGCAGCGGCGGCGGCGGCGGGUGUGGCGGCGGCGAGGGCCUGCUGGGGCAGCGGCGGCGGCGGAGCACCCAGGCGGGCUGCAGCCACGGCCCGGGCAGCCGCGCGCCCCCGGCGUGGAACUUGAUCGUCCGGGAAGUCAUUCAGAAUUCAAAGGAAGUUCUUCGUUUAUUGCAAGAAAAAAACCCUGCCUUUAAGCCGGUUCUUGCCAUUAUCCAGGCAAGUGAUGAUAACUUGAUGCAAGAAGUGAACCAGAAUUUGGCGGAGGAGGCUGGCCUGAACAUCACUCACAUCUGUCUUCCUCCAGAGAGCGGUGAGGACGAGAUUAUAGAUGAAAUCUUGAAGAUUAAUGAAGACACCAGAGUACAUGGCCUUGCCCUUCAGAUUUCUGAGAACUCGUUUAGCAACAAAGUCCUCAAUGCCCUGAAGCCAGAAAAAGAUGUGGAUGGAGUAACAGACGUAAACCUGGGGAAGUUGGUCCGUGGGGAUGCCCAUGAAUGUUUUAUUUCACCUGUGGCCAGAGCUGUAAUUGAACUUCUUGAAAAAUCAGGUGUCAGCUUAGAUGGAAAGAAGAUCUUGGUAGUAGGAGCCCAUGGGUCUCUGGAAGCCACCCUACAAUGCCUGUUCCAGAGAAAAGGGUCCAUGACGAUGAGCUCCCCGUGGAAAACACCUCAGCUUCAAAGCAAGCUUCAAGAGGCUGACAUUGUGGUCUUAGGCUCGCCCAAGCCAGAAGACGUUCCCCUUUCUUGGAUACAACCAGAAACGAUUGUUCUCAACUGUUCCCAUGACUUGCUAUCAGGGAAGCUUGGCUCUGGCUCUCCGGGUGUACCCUUCAGUGGUCCCAUUGCGGAAAAUGACGUGAGUCUCCUUGCUGCAGCUCUGCGGAUCCAGAACAUGGUUAGCAGUGGAAGGAGAUGGCUUCGUGAACAGCAGUACACGCGCUGGAGACUUCACUGCUUGAAACUUCAGCCGCUCUCCCCAGUACCCAGUGAUAUCGAGAUUUCAAGAGCACAGACGCCAAAAGCUGUGGAUGUCCUUGCCAAGGAGAUAGGAUUGCUUGCAGAUGAAAUUGAAAUCUAUGGCAAAAGCAAAGCCAAAGUCUGCUUGUCCCUGCUGGAAAGGCUAAAGGAUCAAGCAGAUGGAAAAUACGUCUUAGUUGCUGGGAUCACGCCCACCCCUCUUGGAGAAGGGAAAAGCACAGUUACCAUCGGGCUUGUGCAGGCACUGACCGCACACUUGAACAUCAACUCCUUUGCCUGUCUAAGGCAGCCUUCGCAAGGGCCAACUUUCGGCGUUAAAGGAGGCGCUGCAGGUGGCGGGUAUGCCCAGGUCAUCCCCAUGGAGGAGUUCAACCUUCACUUGACCGGGGAUAUCCACGCCAUCACUGCCGCCAAUAACUUGCUGGCUGCUGCCAUCGACGCAAGGAUUUUUCAUGAAAACACUCAAACUGACAAGUCUCUGUACAGUCGCCUGGUUCCUUCAGUGAAUGGUGUCCGAGAGUUUUCCAACAUUCAGCUUGCUCGGCUGAAGAAACUGGGAAUAAAUAAGACGGAUCCCAGCGCACUGACAGAAGAGGAAAUGAGCAGAUUCGCCCGUCUCAACAUCGACCCCCCCACCAUCACGUGGCAGAGAGUGUUGGAUACCAAUGACCGGUUCCUACGGAAAAUAACGAUCGGGCAGGCCAGCACAGAGAAGGGGUACUCCCGGCAGGCACAGUUUGACAUUGCGGUGGCCAGUGAGAUCAUGGCGGUGCUGGCCCUGACCGACAGCCUCAAGGACAUGAAGGAGCGGCUGGGGAGGAUGGUGGUGGCCAGUGACAGAAAUGGGCAGCCCAUCACAGCAGAAGAUUUGGGGGUGACAGGUGCUUUGACAGUUUUGAUGAAAGAUGCAAUAAAACCAAAUCUGAUGCAGACCCUAGAAGGGACGCCCGUCUUUGUGCAUGCUGGCCCCUUUGCUAACAUCGCCCAUGGCAACUCUUCCGUGCUGGCUGAUAAAAUUGCCCUGAAACUAGUGGGUAAAGAAGGAUUUGUAGUAACCGAAGCCGGCUUUGGUGCUGACAUUGGCAUGGAGAAGUUCUUCAACAUCAAGUGUCGAGCGUCCGGUCUGGUGCCCAACGUCGUGGUGCUGGUGGCAACAGUGCGCGCUCUGAAGAUGCACGGGGGCGGGCCCAGUGUAACUGCUGGUGUCCCUCUUAAGAAAGAAUACACAGAGGAGAACAUCCAGCUGGUGGCAGAUGGCUGCUGUAACCUCCAGAAGCAAAUUCAGAUCGCUCAGCUCUUUGGGGUUCCCGUUGUCGUGGCUCUGAAUGUCUUCAAGACUGACACCCGGGCUGAGAUUGACUUGGUGUGUGAGCUGGCGAAGCGGGCUGGCGCCUUUGAUGCGGUCCCCUGCUACCACUGGUCGAUGGGUGGAAAGGGGUCGGUGGACCUGGCGUGGGCUGUGAGAGAAGCUGCAAGUAAAAGAAGUCGUUUCCAGUUCCUGUAUGAUGUUCAGCUUCCAAUUGUGGAAAAGAUAAGGACCAUUGCACAGGCUGUCUACGGAGCCAGAGAUAUAGAACUCUCUCCUGAGGCACAAUCCAAAAUUGAUCUUUACACACAACAGGGUUUUGGAAAUUUGCCCAUCUGCAUGGCAAAGACCCACCUUUCUCUUUCUCAUCAACCCGACAAGAAAGGGGUACCCAGGGACUUCAUCUUACCCAUUAGUGACGUCCGGGCCAGCAUCGGCGCUGGGUUCAUUUACCCGUUGGUCGGAACGAUGAGCACCAUGCCGGGACUGCCCACACGGCCCUGCUUCUACGACAUCGAUCUCGAUACAGAAACAGAGCAAGUUCAAGGCUUGUUCUAAGUGGACGAGACGCUACUCUCACAGGACCCAAUUCAGGUUCCUGAAACUCAAACUACUCCUUGCCUUUUGGCCGCGGUUGGAGGAGAGAAUGAAUUUGAAAUAGGCUUGUUAUGCAACGCGGGAGAAGUGGUAGAAUAGGCCAAAGAUUUCUCCUUCCCGGGGCGUCUGUCUGCAGCCCAGCACAGUGAUCAGUGAGAGGACCUCCACCACGUUGAAAAGAAACUAAUUUAUUUUCUGUUUCGGCAGCGUUUACAUUAUCUCCCACUGCUUACACUUGAGAGUGUUUAUUGUAUGGGGACGGAGCGAUUAAGAGAGUGUGAAAUAAAAGGUAACGUUUUCUCA